CCAUGAUGGUUAGAGUAGAGUAAGGUCAAAGGUCAGUCCGAACUUGUCGUCUGCAGAAAAUGGCGCCAAACUUGACGCGUGAAAAUAUCGUCUGCGUCUGACGGAGACUCGUAUAUAGCAACGCAACGUAGGACGGCUCUUUGUCAAAGAUGAAGAACUCAAACGUCAAGUAUGCUCCGAGGUUUCAGCCGAAGUUCAAGUUCAAGGUACCAUCAGCCCCCAGCAACCGUAGAAACCCAACUACCACAAGAGGAGCAUCUUGUGCAUCGAGUCCGGAACUUCCCGUUGUGAAACUGCCUAAUGAUGCUGCAUCGAGAAAGUCAAAUACAGACAUUCCAAAUGAUGUGACAAGUAGGGUCAGCGCUAAGCACAAAAAGGCCAGAGGACUUAGGACGAAAAAUCAGCCGUCGACUGGAGCUCUACCUUCGAUUGCUGAAAGUGAUGAAGACAGGACAAUAGAAGACAUCUUACAGACUGCAGACAUCACAACUGAACAGGGGUCUGUGGAUACAAGCAUUGUCCCAUGGUCUAUAUUCGGGAAUUCACAACCUCAAAAUGUACAGCCCAGUGGGAAUCAACCUUCACCAUCAAAGGUGUUUGAGUUCCCUCGUUCUCCCGGAAGAGGGGAGCGAAAGCGCAAGGGCAAAAAGGAAAGAGAGCAGAAAAUCAAGUCCAACUUGCUGAGGACCAUAUUCAAGACUUGUAAUGAAAUCAAGAAGAUCAAAGAAAGGAGGCAGAAACUACUAGGAAAGCAGGUGGCCCGCUUCGUCCAAUCUGCCUCUAUUCCUGUCACAGUCAGUACAGCAGCAAAGAUUAGCAUAAACAGCAAGUACCAGGUUGCCCCAAUUAGCAUGUUGAAGAAGAGUCGUUUGGCAUGACAAGUUUCACCCUGGG